GCGACGGACAUUACCGAAACGUUUUCAGAAGUUAUAACUUCUUUCGAGACUAUCAGAUACUUUUUUCGUUUCAAAUCUCUCUUAAUUGUAUUAAACUACUAUAAAUGACUCGGAACGUUGAGAAAAGCGCAUGGCUUGCGGAAGUAAGUAAAGUUGAGUUGAAGGAAGUUCAGACGGAGAAUAAAAAAUAACCGAAGAAUUGACUGCUGUCAAAUUCUCGGGACGGGGUCCGAAGUUGGGAGAUGGAUACCCACGUAAAAGAGGGACAACUUUACGUUCAACACCAGAAAUUUGGCAAGAAAUGGAAGAAGAAUUGGUUUGUCCUCUACCCGGCCAGUCAGAAUGGCAUUGCACGACUAGAGUUCUACGACUCUUCUGGGGGAGGGGCCAGCGACAAGCCCAACACCAAGAAACUCGACAAAAAGAUUAUUCGUCUAUCAGAGUGUAUCUCUAUCCUCCCCGCCCUCACUGAAGCCUGUCCUAAAGACAAUAUGUCUGCCUUCUGUGUGGAGACUAAUGACAAAACACAUGUGUUCGCUGCUGAGAGGAGCGUCAGCACAGAGUGGGUGGAAAAGAUGUGUGAGAUCACCUUUGGGGGGGGUAGUUGUAGCAGCAGUAGUGUCUCUGACUCCAACAGAGGACAAACUGAUCUACAGAUGGCUGAGAAUCUCAUCUAUUACACCAGAGAAGAGGGAAAUGAGUUUUGGGUGAGUGUGCAGAGGACCGAGGCCUCAGAGCGUUGUGGUCUGUUGGGAACCUACUGGCUGAAGGCUGACAAUGACAGUCUCAUACUGAAGGAGUCCAAGACGAAGAGUAUUCUACUGGUGUGGCCCUACAAACUACUGAGGCGAUAUGGACGAGAUAGGGUGAUGUUUUCGUUUGAGGCAGGGCGGCGGUGUGAGUCUGGUCCAGGGAACUUCACCUUCGAGACCAAGCAGGGUAACGAGAUCUUCCUGAUCGCCGAGCAGGCCAUCCAAUCACAGAAGGCUUUGGCCGAGGAGCGCUACCCAAUGAGCAGCCUCGAAUCAGAACCUGGCCCCACCCUCAUGCAGCUACGCAACGCCAUGGCAUCGGGCGGCGGUGGCUUGGUAGUCGAAGGCAACAGCAGUAACCGGGAUCCAGAUGGGGAUUCCAGUUCCGGAGGGAGUAUGCCCGGAUCGGCCGAUGGAGUGUUCGGGAGGAGGGAGGGUGAUGGAGGGAAGAGCCAGGGUCAGAACUAUAAAGGGAGGAGUUUACCAGAGCCACCACCGUUGGUGAUAGGGGUGGGGGGGAUGUCCCCGCGCUUGCUCAUGUCUAGAGAAGGAGGAGUAGGAGCGCCCCAGUCUCAAGAAGAACAGGGGAGUGUGUACUCCGAACCAGCUGACUCCGUUCGCCUCCCCCUUCUCUCUACCGGUGACUUUCUCUACUCUGACCCUGUGGAUGCUAUCAAGACACAGACCCCUAACCCCCUAAACCUCACCCCCAUCCCCACCCCCCGACUCCGUCCCCUUUGCGGCGAGGGAGGGGUUACUGGAGUCAGGGGUCGUAACCAUAGCAACAACCAGCCCGAACCUCUCUACUCAGACCUUUAUGAUCGGGUCAGUAUGGAUUUGAUACAGAGGACAGGUGCUUUGGGGUUGGAGGGAGGUGGAGGAGGAGGGGGCAACAUGCGCUCGCUAAGGGGGCAGGCGGAAGCUUCAUCGUCACAUACCAACAGCGAGCACAUCUAUGAUGAACCAGAGGGGAGAGCAGGUGGUGGAGCAAUUUCGGGAAUAGGAAAGGGAGCUGGGGGGGCGACGACCCUUUCCGUCUGGAGGAACAUGGGGGGCGACGACCCUCCUCCUCAGCCCCACGAGGGGCUCUACAUCAAGGCUACGGACAGCUACGCAGUCCCCUCCUACGGAAAACAACCACAACCACAGCCUCCACCCAUCAUCAGAGCACCAGCCGGUGCCAAGUGGCCCCCCAAGCCAGUCACGGCCCCCAAGCUCAACAAGGCUGCUCUUCCUCGCAAGGAACCUGUGCCUCUGCCCCUGGGGAAGGCUGGGCCUGGAGGUCCUACUAACCUUAACAAUAUUAACAGUAGCGGAGGUUUUGGGAUUGGGGGAGGAUUUGGGGGAGGAGGAGGGGGAUACAUGGCUGGGGGUGUAGGUGGGGGAGGAGGGGGAGGCAGCGGUGGACGGAGGAAAUGGGAACUCUACAGUAAAGUGUCUCGACAUAAGACUCCAUCCAAUCCCUUGUACCCCCACAGCGGCCUGCAAUCACCUGAUAUCAUCUAUGACAACCUGGGAGACAUUUAA